UUACAGUUCAUCUCAGAUUUCACACGAAACGCUUUUCCAAUAGUUCAACUAACAAUGAUUUCUUUAUUUGGGAUUUCUUCUCUUUUGGUAACUUUGAUAGUUAUCUAUGUAUCUCGAUUCUAUUAUCGUUAUUUUACCCGUAAGAACCCUCUACCCGGUCCAUUCCCACUUCCACUUAUUGGUAACUUUCAUCUAAGUAUUGGAAUGGGAUUUAAUGAAUUUUUUACGUCAAUGCAUAAAAAGUACGGAGACAUGUUCGAAAUAUAUUUGGCAGGUGAACGUAAUAUCGUAUUAUGUAGAGCAGAUUUGACUGAUAAGUUGAAUAUGCCUUCAACGAAAUCUAACUUCUUCACUAGAUUUGUCACAGAUGAAGCAUUUAUUGAAUAUGAGUUAUAUGGAGUAGGAAUAGGCAGUAACAAUGAUUUUGAAUCUUGGAAGUUUAAUCGUCAAUUUUUUGAUCAAUCUAUUUUGACACCGAAUUUUAAUUAUCAAGCUGUUGAAUGGGUAAACGUAUUAUAUAAUUUUCAAAGUUACAACCGGCAUAAAAAAUAAUUCUGUUGCUUCUUAUUAUAAUUCCAUUCUUGAAAGUGACAAUAGUAAGGGGACUGAUUUAUCUUAC